UCUUUGAGAUCGAGGACCAAGUCACAGAGGAAAAUGCAGAGCCUACACCAGGCUGCUGGGCGAAUUCUCAUUUCCCUGGGGGCUCUCAGUGUAGUCUCUGGAGUUAUCGCUUUCUUCCCUGUCUUUUCUUACAAGCUUUGGUUCACGGGAUGGAGUGUCUGGAUUGCUUGCCCCAUCUGGAAUGGAGCUUUGGCCCUCACAACUGGUAUGCUUCUGCUGUUGGCUCACAAAGAGUGGACCAAGAGAUACCUGUGGCAAGCUAGUUUCACCUUUGUGAUUCUGAGCAUGAUGGGAUGUCCACUUCAUUUUGCUGUAGCCUUGGAAUCUGCUCUCCUUGGCCCAUAUUGCUUCUACUCGUUUUCAGGGAUAGCAGGGACUGAUUACCUUGGUUAUGCAGUUGCCUUUCCUUUUCCGUAUGCAAGCUUCCCAUCAGCUUGUGUGGACCCGCUGCACUAUGAAGAGUACCACCUGACCCUUCAAGCCUUCGACCUGUGCCUGAGCUUUGCCAUGUUCUGUGUGUCCUUGACAGUGUUCAUCAAGCUUUCUGCAGGACUGAUCUGGGAGACACACAGAUACAGCCAAGCUCCUUCAUGUGAUAUCCAUGUGGGUGCAACUCCUCUCCAAGAAUCUGGACUGACAAAGGGGAAUUUACUGUGGUCAUGGAAUCCAAGAAUUUCCAGGAAGAGAAACAGAAAAAGUCGAUUUGAAUUUCCAUACCGAGGAAUGGUACCUUAUCGAGGAAGCACUGCAUUCGACAUUAUUUAUGACACAUGGAGAACCUGAUAUGCCAUGGUACGUUUGAAGUCAGACACUUUGAGGUUUAAUUGUUUCCUCCAUCACCUACCAUCUGAGUAGCCUUGAACAAAUCAAUAUUGAACCUCUUUGUGCCGGCGAGACCACACAUACCUCACAUGUUGCCAAAUGAAAUGGCGUAAUGACUUUUAAGAACCUUACACGGGUUGGGCACUUGAUAGCUGCUCAAGAAAUGCUUGUUUUCUUCCCCUUACUUCUAAUCAAAUUAAAAUUCUUAGUUCUCUUUCGAAGAUUUUAGAAAGUUCCCUCUAAUCUUCUGUUAAUUUUCCAAAAGCUUCAAACCAACCCAAACUAGACAAAACAAAUAGCAAAUGACCAAAAAAGAUAGUCAACGGAGAGAGCCCUCACUUCCUUAGACAGUCCCUGCCCACAAAAGCAAUAGUUCUUCUGAAUUGUUUUAUGCUUAUGCCAGAUAUUUUAUUACACAUCUAUUUCUUUUUUAUAUCUUUCUGCCACCCCCUCCACCAAUAUCACCAAUAUUGUUCUCUCUGGUGAUUCCUCUUAAAUCCUUAAGUGGUACCAUGGUGCUGAUACUUGAAUCAUCCUUCAUUGGGCUCCUGUGACAUAAAAAAGACUAAAUUAAAUGUCAAAAGUGACACUCUAUUUUCGUUGAUAAAUUGUAGAAAUAAACACUAAUUUUUCUUCUUCCUAGGGUCAAAAGAAUGGACAAUAAAUUUUAAGCAGCAUUCCUCUUAAAUUUGUUAUAUUUGUGGCCAUUAUUUUGAAAUAUUUUCAAAAUAAUUUUUUCUUCAACCUUUUUCUCUAUGUUCUUAUGAAAUAAAAAUUGAAAUAAUUGUACAUUGUAGCCUUUUUAGAUUGUUAACACCAUUUUUUCUGAUUUACCUGCUAUGAUUUUUUAAAUGGAAAUUUUAUCAUCAUUGUCAUAAAAUUUUAGAAUCUGAAAUAUAAAUUCACAAUGAAUGAAUGUUUUCUUUAAGUUCCUUUCGUCCCUGUGUGGUGUUUCAAUAAACUGUCAGUCUA